AUGUUCGCCCGCGUCGCCGCCCUCGCCCUCGCGCUCCCACUCCUUGCUGCCGCCCAGAGCUGCAACACCGGCGCGAUGCAGUGCUGCGACAGCCUCGAGAGCACCGACUCUGCCGCAGGCGCCGCGCUCCUCUCGGCCCUCGGGAGCGUCGCACUCGGGGACAUCACCGGGAAAAUUGGCCUGAAGUGCUCGCCGCUCGCCGCCGUUGGGGCUGGCGCGGGCUCCUGCAAGGCGAGCCCGGUGUGCUGCAAGAACAACAAUGUCGGCGGCGCGGUCUCCCUUGGUUGCGCGCCGGUCGUCCUGUGA